AUGCCUCCGCGGAACGCCAAUCGCCGCAAGAGCAAGAAUGUCUCUGGGAAGGGCAAGGGCCAGGUUGUGGCUCCAGCUGUCGACCGGCCGGGUCUUCCUUCCGAAACUUUACAUGCUGUUUUGAGCGAGUUAAACUUGAGUUACGACUCGAGUCUCGGGCUUUUGCAAGGAGACAGCAUGUUCUCUGCGCCAAGCGAGCCUAAGCUGACGGCACUGAAGAAGCUGCUUGAGAGGUUUAUUAGCGAUUUGGAAACUGGUAUCGAGACAGACAGACGCCUCGUGGCGUCGAUCGACGCAGAAACCAACACGGCUGACGGGCAGGACGCUGCAGAGGGGAAGCCUGUUGCCGAGGAGGCUGCGAACGGAGCUGCUGAAGAGGGAGUCAAGGUGAAGAUGGAGGACGAUGAAGAUGACGACGAGGGCGGAAUUCAGUUCCCAAAGCGAAAGCGGCGGCGGAUAAUAAUCACGGCCAAUGGAGAGCGCAAGGAGAUCACUCCUGAUGCACGCGACGACGACGACGACGACAGCGUAGGGAACGGUGUUGAUGCCGACGAUGCAAUUGAUGACGAGGACACGCCUCUUGGAGCACUGGAUGUUAAGCAAGAGCGGCAAGUUCUAAAAAUCAGUUCGGAGAAGAAGUCAGACCUGGAUACUGCAGAUACCAACGGAGACGCCAUUCCCUCCGUGUAUGUUGGCAAAGAGAAGACGCAGUUCGACGUGAAAGAGUUGCUGAAGUCUGCAUACGAGAAUUUGGAACUGUUCGAUGAGGAACAAGCGCAUGAAAAAUACGGAGAUGGAGAAGAAUUUUUGAAGCACAAGUAUGCGGUAGCCGAGUUUCCCCACAACGACAUGAAAGACUAUUUGCCCGGAGAGAUUCCGAUGACGGACUUUUCGACCGCAAAGCCCAACAAUAACCAGAUUGCGUUCACGUCUUUCCAGGCGUAUGUGGAUCCAUUCUUCCGUCCAUUUACCGAGGAAGACAGCCGGUUGUUGCGCACCAAGUGUAAUCUGAGCAGCAACCUGCCGCGUGACUACGAUGACAAAAAGACCCCGUACAGAAUCCCGCGUCUGGGACCGCAUUAUGCGGACGUUUGGUACGAAGAGGACCUGCGGAACGGUCUGGUCAAGGACUCGAAUGGGAUGGGGUUCAGUCUGCGCAAACACCUGGAAAUGAGCAUGCUGAGUUUGGUGGAGCCGAAACUGUCUUCUGACAGUUUGACCAACGAGACUUUGGAAACGGAGGACGUUUCGUGCGGACCUUUGACUUCGCGGCUACUUUCUGCUUUGAUCAAGGACACUACUGACGAGGACGGUCAGGACGACGAUCUUGCUGGGUCUCCCGUUGCGAAUGAGGAGAAUGGUAGCACGGAAAGUGCCAAUGGCGACGGACUGUCGUCGUCGGCACUCGCAGACCAGCAGGGAUGGAAGUCUUCCAUCAUUAAGACCGAUUACAAGACCCUGGACGAGCGGCUCAAGCGGGAGCUGCGGUACAUCGGUGUUUACAUGAACGUGGAACAGAUGCUGAACGAGCCUGGGUUUGACCAAGACUGGGUCCAAAACAGAGAGGACGACGAGAUUGCCAGGGAGCUGCGUCAUUUGCAGAAAGAGUUGAAGGAGGUGCAGGCGCGCAACAUCAAGCGGAAGAAGAUGAUCAUUCCGAUUGUGGAGGAGCAGAUCGCAUGGCAGGAGUACAUGUCCAUUUUGGAAGACUUGGACAAACAGGUGGAACAGCAUUAUAGACGGAGAAUCAGUGUUGGUCCUAAGAAAGCCAAGAAAAGAGGCAUCCAUCCAGGCGGCAACGGUCCCAAGGAAAAGGAUGAGUACUCCAACCAGCAGAUCAUGAGCAACUCGUCCUUCAUGAGUCUAUUGGAGAAGCGCAACAAGUGGAUCUCGCGGAUCGGACCUCUAUUUAAGAGCCAACGCGAUAUGAGAAGAAUGCCUGAGGAAAGUAUAUUUAAGGAUGUGAAUCUGGCCGAAAACGAAGAAGAAGAGGAGGGCGAAGACAUUGCUGAAGAUGAUGUGCUGGACCAGAUGGAGCUGGAGUAG